CGUAUCAGUUUCAGUUAUUUUUGAAAAUUUUCAAAAUUUAGGAGCGCGGCCUCUAGCAAGAAGACCACGUGUUUCGAGAUUAGAAUCAAGGCCAGUUAUGAAGCCCAACCGAAUCCGUUUGGUAGUGGGACGCAGCGGAGCUCGAUCCUUACUUCAUAGAAAUAUCCUGUCCUCGAUUAUUGGUCGUCACAAAUGUAGCUGCCUCACCCUCGAAAAUACGUUCAAGUGCUACGAUUUGGAGACGGGGCCCACGAUGGACGUGGAGCUGUCGCGGGAGGACGCCCUGUCGAUGUACACCAGGAUGCUGGAGCUGCGGCGCUUCGAGACGGUGGCCGGGAACAGCUACAAGCAGCGGCUGAUUCGUGGCUUCUGUCAUUUGUACACGGGUCAGGAGGCGGUGGCCGUUGGGAUGAAGGAGCGUUUGCGUCGCUGCGAUUCGGUGAUCACGGCCUAUCGCUGCCAUGCCUGGACCUAUUUAAUGGGCGUGUCCCUCUACGAGAUCAUGGCCGAGCUACUGGGCCUGCGAACCGGUUGCAGCCGGGGCAAAGGUGGCUCCAUGCACAUGUACGGCGAGAACUUCUAUGGCGGCAACGGGAUAGUGGGUGCCCAGGUGCCCGUGGGCACGGGCAUUGGUCUGGCCCACAGUUAUCGCAAGGAUAACGGCGUCUGUGUGAUCCUCUAUGGCGACGGGGCGGCGAAUCAGGGACAGGUCUUCGAGUCCUUCAACAUGGCCAAGCUGUGGUGCCUGCCCUGCAUCUUUGUCUGCGAGAACAAUCACUACGGCAUGGGCACCCACGAGAAGAGGGCCUCUGCCAUGACGGAGUUCUACAUGCGGGGUCAGUACAUCCCGGGGCUCUGGGUCGAUGGCAACCAGGUGCUCGCCGUGCGCAGUGCCACCCAGUUUGCCGUCGACUACGCUUUAAAAGAAGGACCCAUUGUCCUGGAGAUGAGCACGUAUCGCUAUGUGGGUCACUCCAUGUCCGAUCCUGGUACUUCCUAUCGCUCCAGGAAGGAGGUGCAGGCGGUGCGCGAGUCCCGGGAUCCCAUCACCAGCUUUCGUAGCCAAAUACUCACCCUCUGCCUGGCUGACGAGGAGGAGCUGAAGGCGCUGGAGGAGAGGACCAAGAAACAGGUCGACGCGGAGUGCAAGAGGGCGGCCAAGGACAAGGAGGUGGAGCUGCAGGAGCUGCACACGGACAUCUAUGCCAAGAAUGUGGAUGGCAAGAUCCGCGGGGUGUCCAGGUUCGAUCUGGAGCAUAUCAGGUUAUCGGAGGUUUGUUUUGGGAAGCCCAGGAAGACGCCGGCCAGCGAGAUCAAGGAUGUGCCAGUGGGAGCGGCGGUGGAUGCGGCCAAGGCCAAGGAGAGGAAGGCAGCCCAGGAGGCCAAGGAAGCCAAGGAGGGCCAGAAGAAGAAGAAGGAGGACUCCAAGGACUUGAAGAACUCCAAGGAACCCAAAGAUCCCAAGCCAGUAGACCCAAAACCACCCACUGCUGCUGCCGCACCACCCGCUAAAACACCACCCUCGAAAGCACCACCCUCGAAAGCUCCUCCCGCCAAGAAAACACCACCCACCAAAGCCCCAACGGAUCCCAAAAAGUAA